ACAAAAAUGGCGGCCAGCUUGAAAGACUUUCUCGCAUUCUCAGCGACUUUUCACGAGCUUUGGAAACACAAACCCARCUUUUCCUCAUGGAGCUAAAAGAGGGCCAUAUCCUUGAAGGUGGAACCGAAAGAUGGCAAGUCAAGGGCUUUUUAGGCCAGGGAAAAUGUUGUACAGUUUACGAGGCUUGCUGCAWCGAAGGAAGUUUGAAUGGAGGCGCAAGAGCAGCUGUCAAGGUUUAUAAGAAAGAAGAGAGAUAUGCUAGUGCUGGUAUGAAUGAAGCGACCUUGCUGCAAAUGCUACAUAGAGAUGAACGUCCUCACUGCAGAGAGGGGAGACCUUUCAUUGUGAGCAUUCUUGAUGUAUUUUUCUGGGAAGGCCACCUGUGCUUACUAAACGARUGCUUAUCUCAAAGUCUGCACAGUAUAUUUGCAAUACAUGGUUGCCAUGGCAAUGGACUGCCCCUCUACRUUGUUCAAAAGUGCUGUAGAGACUUGUCUCGUGGGCUGGAGUACCUUAAGGAAAAGCGUGUGRUCCAUGCCGACAUCAAACCAAACAACCUUAUGUGGAAUUCAGAGACAGAGCUUUUUCAGUUUGUUGAUUUUGGGCUCAGUUUUAUUGAAGAAAAACAGCCAUUUCAGCAAAUUCAAAGUCCUGGAUAUCAAAGCCCAGAAGUAAAACAGUGGAACCAGAACAUAAUGACUGCAAAAACACAGGUCAAUAUGURUGAUUGUUCAUGUGAUACAUGGAGUAUGGCUUGUGUAUUGUUUCUUCUGUAUUCUGGACAGCAUCUUUUCCAACCAGAAGAAGACAUUCCUCUUGUUUGCAACAACUGCCAAAAGGAUGGUACGUGUAUCCACAGUCUUAGAUUGAAAAGCAGAUUGACUGAUAACUUGCCAUCCAAGUGGAUAAUGCUCAAAGAAGUAACAAGGCAGCAUCAUGAUACCAUGAUUGAC